AUGAGCCAACCCGACAUCACUCUCUACACCACUCAGACCCCAAAUGGGAUCAAGAUCUCCAUUGCACUGGAGGAGCUUGGACUACCCUACAAGGUCGAGAAAAUCGAUAUCUCGAAGAAUACUCAAAAGGAAGACUGGUUCCUCAAGAUUAACCCCAACGGCCGCAUUCCCGCAUUGACGGACACAUUCAGUGAUGGCCAGCAAAUUCGACUGUUCGAAUCCGGCAGUAUUCUGGAAUACUUGGCAGAGCAAUAUGAUACGGACCACAAGAUCUCUUUCCCCAGAGGCACGCGGGAAUACUACGAGAUGAAGUCUUGGCUGUACUUCCAGAAUGCAGGCCUGGGACCCAUGCAAGGCCAAGCCAAUCACUUCUCGCGGUACGCGCCCGAGCGCAUUGAAUAUGGUGUGAACCGAUAUGUCAACGAGUCCCGUCGUUUGUACGGCGUGUUGGACAAGCACCUCGCUGAAUCCAAAUCUGGAUAUCUUGUGGGCGACCACGUCUCGAUCGCUGAUAUCUCACACUGGGGUUGGGUGGCCGCUGCAGGAUGGGCUGGAAUCGACAUUGAGGAGUUCCCGCACGUCAAGGCUUGGGAAGAGCUGAUUGCACAGCGACCCGGAACUGAGAAGGGCCGACAUGUCCCUUCCCCUCACACCAUCAAGGAGCUGCUGAAGGACAAGGCGGCGACAGACAAGCAGGCUGCGGAAGCUCGUUCGUGGAUCCAGCAAGGCAUGGCCGCUGACUCCAAGAGCAAGGCCUAG